AUGUCGGCUGCACAGAAACAAGAGAGCGCGGGUGAGCAGCACCCGGCGCUCGGCAGCGGCACGAGUGAUAGCAGCUUGACCGCGCGUGACGACACGUCAGAAACCGUGGGGGGAGAUGGGGGAGACGACCGGGUCCAGAACCACGAGGCGAGCCCGUUGCGGGAUGUCCUGGAAGAGGGCACAUCGAACGAGCUUCAUCGGAUUGCUACGGCGCUUUCACGACACCGGUCUCGGGCCACGGCCGGGCCGGAGACGCCCGAGUCGGAUCCUGCUCUGGACCCGGAAUCACCACACUUUGACGUGGCCAAAUGGGUCCGGAACUUUGUCUUCCAGCUCAAGCAGCAGGGCCACAAGUCGAGCCAGCUGGGCGUCCUCUUCAGGGACCUCGACGUCUUUGGGUCCGGCUCGGCCCUGCAACUCCAGGAGACGGUCGACUCGGUCUUGUUGGCGCCCCUACGGGUCGGCGAGCUGUUGUCCCGGAACAAGCAACAUAAGCACAUCCUGCACGGGUUCAACGGCCUCCUCCGGAGCGGAGAGCUGCUGGCGGUGCUCGGCCGGCCAGGCUCGGGAUGCAGCACCUUUCUGAAGACGCUCUGCGGGGAACUUCACGGCUUGACCUUGGGCAAGAACUCGACCAUCCACUACAACGGAGCGUCGCAGGAGCGGAUGAAGAAGGAGUUCAAGGGAGAAGUCAUUUACAACCAGGAGGUCGACAAGCAUUUCCCUCACCUCACGGUCGGGCAGACACUCGAAUUCGCGGCUUCGAUGCGGACGCCCUCGCGGCGCAUCGACGACAUGUCGCGCGCCGAGUAUUGUCAGUACAUCGCCCGGGUGGUCAUGGCCAUCUUUGGCCUGUCGCACACGUACCACACCAAGGUGGGCAACGACUACGUCCGCGGCGUGUCGGGAGGUGAGCGCAAGCGGGUCAGCAUCGCCGAGAUGAUGGUGGCCGGCUCGCCCAUCUGCGCGUGGGACAACAGCACCCGCGGGCUCGACUCGUCCAGCGCGCUCAAGUUCGUCCAGGCGCUGCGCUUGUCGUCCGACCUCGGCAAGCACGCCCACGCCGUGGCCAUGUACCAGGCCAGCCAGGCCAUCUACGACGUCUUCGACAAGGCCACCGUGCUCUACGAGGGGAGGCAGAUCUACUUCGGCCCGGCCAGCGCGGCCAAGGCCUACUUUGAGCGCCAGGGGUGGUACUGCCCCCCGCGCCAGACCACGGGCGACUUCCUGACCUCGGUCACCAACCCGGGCGAGCGGAUCCCCCGGCCAGGCAUGGAGCACAAGGUCCCGCGCACUCCCGAGGACUUUGAGCGCUACUGGCUCGCCUCGCCCGAGUUCCGCGCCCUCCAGGACGACAUGGCCCGGUACGACGCCGAGUUCGAGGGCGACGACCGCCAGGCCGAGAGCAUCGCCGCCCUGCGCGAGACCAAGCACUACCGCCAGGCCAAGCACGUCCGCCCGGGCUCCCCCUACCUGGUCAGCGUGAGCAUGCAGAUCAAGCACAACACCAAGCGUGCCUACCAGCGCGUCUGGAACAACCUCGCCGCCACCGCCACCAACAUCGGCUCCAACCUCAUCCUCGCCCUCAUCAUCGGCUCCAUCUUCUACGGCAACCCGGACGCCACCGCCGGCUUCGACGGCAAGGGUUCCGUCCUCUUCAUGGCCAUCCUGCUCAACGCCCUCACCGCCAUCUCCGAGAUCGAGAGCCUGUACGGCCAGCGCCCCAUCGUCGAGAAGCACGCUUCCUACGCCUUCUACCACCCCUGGACCGAGGCCGCCGCGGGCAUCGUCGCCGACAUACCCGUCAAGUUUGCCGCCGCCGUCGUCUUCAACCUGAUCGUCUACUUCCUGGCCGGCCUGAGGCGCGCCCCGGCCCAGUUCUUCCUCUACUUCCUCAUCUCGUACGUCUCGACCUUUGUCAUGAGCGCCGUCUUCCGCACAAUGGCCGCCAUCACCAAGACCGUCUCGCAGGCCAUGGCCCUCGCCGGCGUCCUCGUCCUGGCCUUGGUCAUGUACACCGGUUACAUCAUCCCCGUCCCCCAGAUGCACCCCUGGUUCAGCUGGAUCAGGUGGCUCAACCCCAUCUACUACGCCUUCGAGAUCCUCAUCGCGAACGAGUUUCACGGCCGCGAUUUUACCUGCUCCUCCAUCGUGCCGCCCUACUCACCCCUCGCCGGCGACUCGUGGAUCUGCGCCACCAUGGGUGCGGUCCCAGGCCGGCCAACGGUCAGCGGGGACGCCUACAUUGACGCCAUGUACGGCUACACCUACUCGCACGUCUGGCGCAACUUUGGCAUCCUGCUGGCCUUCCUCGUCGGCUUCACCGCCAUCUACCUGGCCGCCGUCGAGCUCAACUCGUCCGUCACCAGCACCGCCGAGGCCCUCGUGUUCCCCCGCUGGGACAUCCCCGCCCACCUGGACCCCCGCCGCAAGGGCGGGGACAAGGAGGUGGCCGACGAGGAGGCGGCGGGAGCAGCAGCAGCAGCAGCCGGGGAUGAGAGGAAGAAGGUGGAACAGGGACCUCAGGACCUCAACGGCACCAGCAUCGAGCCACAGCGGGACAUCUUCACCUGGAAGGACGUCGUCUACGACAUCGACGUCAAGGAGGGCAAGCGCAGGCUGCUGGACCACGUCUCGGGAUGGGUCAAACCGGGUACCCUGACCGCCCUGAUGGGCGCCUCCGGAGCCGGCAAGACGACCCUGCUCGACGUCCUCGCCCAGCGCACAUCCGUCGGCGUCGUCACGGGCGACAUGCUGGUCAACGGCAGGCCGUUCGGGGCCGACUUUCAGCGCCAGACUGGCUACGUGCAGCAGCAAGAUCUUCACCUCGACACCGCCACCGUCCGAGAGAGCCUCCGGUUCAGCGCCAUGCUCCGCCGCCCCAAGUCGGUCAGCAAGGAGGAGAAGUUCGCGUUCGUCGAGGAGGUCAUCAAGAUGUUGGGCAUGGAGGAGUACGCCAACGCGGUCGUCGGCGUCCCCGGCGAGGGCCUCAACGUGGAGCAGCGCAAGCUCCUGACCAUCGGCGUCGAGCUGGUCGCCAAGCCCAAGCUGCUCCUCUUCCUCGACGAGCCCACCAGCGGCCUCGACUCGCAGAGCGCCUGGGCCAUCUGCGUCUUCCUCCGGAAGCUCGCCAACGCGGGGCAGGCCGUGCUGUGCACCAUCCACCAGCCCAACGCCCUCCUCUUCCAGCAGUUCGACCGCCUGCUCUUCCUGGCCAAGGGGGGGAAGACGGUCUACUUUGGCGAUAUCGGGGAGAACUCUCGGUUGCUGCUCGAUUACUUUGAGAGGAACGGGUCGCGCCGCUGCGGCGACGACGAGAACCCUGCCGAGUUCAUGCUCGAGAUCGUCGCCGAGGGCGUCAACCGCGACGGCGAGGACUGGCACUCGGUGUGGAAGAAGAGCAAGGAGUGCAGCGAAGUGCUGGCCGAGAUCGACAGGAUACACGAGCAAGGCAGAGCAGCAGCGGCGACCGAGAAGCAGACGAGCGGCGGCUGCGGCGGCGGCGACGAGGGCGACAGCGGCGGCGAGUUCGCCAUGCCCUUCUGGUCCCAGGUCUGGGCUGUCACGGAGCGCAUCUUCCAGCAGUACUGGCGGAUGCCCGGCUACGUCUUGGCCAAACUGCUUCUGGGCAUCAUGGCCGGCCUGUUCAUCGGUUUCACCUUCUGGAAGGCCGACAGCACCCAGGCCGGCAUGCGGAACGUCGUCUUCUCCGUCUUCAUGGUAACCACCAUCUUCACCACGCUCGUGCAACAGAUCCAACCCCUUUUCAUCACACAGCGCUCGCUCUACGAAGUCCGGGAGCGCCCGAGCAAGGCGUACUCGUGGAAGGCCUUCCUCAUCGCCAACAUCAUUGUCGAGAUCCCGUACCAGAUCCUCACGGGCGUCCUCGCCUUCGCCUGCUUCUACUACCCGGUCGUCGGCAUCCAGGCGUCCGUCCGCCAGGGCCUCGUCCUGCUCUUCACCAUCCAGCUCUUCAUCUACGCCAGCGCCUUCGCCCACAUGACCAUCGCGGCCCUCCCGGACGCCCAGGCGGCCGCCGGCAUCGUCAUCCUCCUCACCAUGAUGAGCACCAUCUUCAGCGGCGUGCUGCAGACCCGCAUCGCCCUGCCGGGCUUCUGGACCUUCAUGUACUACGUCUCGCCCUUCACCUACUGGAUCGCCGGCAUCGUCUCCACCGUCCUCCACGACCGCCCCGUCGUCUGCUCCCGCGCCGAGAGCCUCGUCUUCGACCCGCCCCCCAACACGACCUGCGGAGAGUACCUCGCCCCGCUGGCCGGCCGGGCCGCCGGCACGCUGCAGAACCCGUCCGCCCGCGAGGCCUGCCGCUACUGCGCCUUCAGCGUCGCCGACCAGUACCUCGAGGGCGUCGACAUCUACUGGGAAGACCGGUGGAGGAACUUUGGCAUCAUGUGGGCAUACAUCGUCUUUGACAUCGUCGUUGCCAUUGCCGUUUACUAUCUCUUCCGGGUCAAAGGCAAGGGCUUCCAGGGUUUGUUUAAACGCUUCAAGAAGGAUUAA